AUGUUACGAGUGCUCAAGAAAUACAGUUUCGCUUUCAAUACAUUGCAGUCAAACCGCACGAAACCAAUAGCCGGCCAUUCGGUGGCCUUCUCUUCAUAUCCGGGUCUUGUCUUCUCUGUCGAUGACUUUUAUGUCAUAUCAUCGGGUCUUGUGGUACAGGAGACCACGAAUGGCAACUAUAAUCAAUCCCUGUAUAGACAUAUCAGAGCCGAUAAUGUAAUCUUUGAGUUCAUACGUAAUGUUGUGUCCAAUCGUUUGGCCGAAUCGGGCAAAGAGUGGACACAACUGUUUAGUCCUUAUAAUAGCGGGACAUAUGAUAACCAGUUUAUGAUCGUUGACUACAAACUAUUCAAAAGGGGUACAAAAGUGUCCGAUUUGGCCAAUGAUUUGCUAUGGAUUGUGGAACAGAUGCCGGAUAUCAUACACGCGGCUGAUGUGACUCCUGUGCUCCGGGCCCAGGGCUAUUGGGCCUCAUAUAAUGUGCCAUAUUUUCCGGAUAUCUACCAAAUGAGUGGCACCGCCGAUAUGUUCCGCAAAUUUGGUCCCUUUUAUAGCCACAACUCGACCGCUCGGGCGCUGAUCUUCCGCAGGGAUGAGUCGAAAGUCACGGAUUUGAAGACUUUGUAUUCACUCAUGCGUUACAAUGACUUCAAAAGAGAUCCGUUGUCUCAGUGCCAGACAUAUGAGAAGCAAUGCAUUCCUCCCUAUUCCGCGGACCUAACCAUCGCUGCCCGCAAUGAUCUCAACGAAGUCACCGGCAGUUACGCCAUCCCUGAGUGGUCUCACGAUCUCGAGGGUGCCAUCGAUGCCAAGAUGACUACAUCGACGAUGGUCUGGGAUCUGGAGAUGUUGGCCGUCAGCGGACCCACUGAUGCACAACAGCCACCAUUCCAGUGGUCCACCAGUGGCUUCAAGGGUAACCAUUUUGGACACCCGGAUACGUUUCAUUUCAAACCCAUUUAUGUUAAAUGGUUUCCCAAAACUUACGAAACUGCGGACGACGUCUAA